CGGCCCGGAUUGUGCCUGUGAUGAGCCGCAGCCCGCAGCGAGCUCUGCCCCCGGGCGCGCUCCCUCGGCUGCUCCAGGCUGCGCCUGCAGCCGCGCCGCGUGCCCUGCUCCCGCAGUGGCCCCGGCGCCCAGGACGCCGCUGGCCCGCGUCCCCUCUCGGAAUGAAGGUGUUCCGUAGGAAGGCGCUGGUGUUGUGCGCGGGCUAUGCACUGCUGCUGGUGCUCACUAUGCUCAACCUCCUGGACUACAAGUGGCACAAGGAGCCGCUGCAGCAGUGCAACCCCGACGGGCCGCUGGGUGCCGCAGCGGGGGCAGCCGGAGGCAGCUGGGGGCGCCCAGGGCCGCCUCCGGCCGGGCCGCCCCGUGCUCAUGCCCGUUUGGACCUCCGCACUCCUUACCGCCCUCCCGCUGCCGCCGUCGGGGCGGCUCCUGCAGCCGCGGCAGGGAUGGCGGGGGUUGCGGCCCCUCCAGGCAAUGGCACUCGGGGCACCGGGGGCGUCGGGGACAAGCGGCAGCUGGUGUACGUGUUCACCACGUGGCGCUCUGGCUCGUCGUUCUUCGGCGAGCUAUUCAACCAGAAUCCCGAGGUGUUCUUUCUCUACGAGCCAGUGUGGCAUGUAUGGCAAAAACUGUAUCCGGGGGACGCCGUUUCCCUGCAGGGGGCAGCGCGGGACAUGCUGAGCGCUCUUUACCGCUGCGACCUCUCUGUCUUCCAGUUGUAUAGCCCCGCGGGCAGCGGGGGGCGCAACCUCACCACGCUGGGCAUCUUCGGCGCAGCCACCAACAAGGUGGUGUGCUCGUCACCACUCUGCCCCGCCUACCGCAAGGAGGUCGUGGGGUUGGUGGACGACCGCGUGUGCAAGAAGUGCCCGCCACAGCGCCUGGCGCGUUUCGAGGAGGAGUGCCGCAAGUACCGCACACUAGUCAUAAAGGGUGUGCGCGUCUUCGACGUGGCGGUGUUGGCGCCACUGCUGCGAGACCCGGCCCUGGACCUCAAAGUCAUCCACUUGGUGCGUGAUCCCCGCGCGGUGGCGAGUUCACGGAUCCGCUCGCGCCACGGUCUCAUCCGUGAGAGCCUACAGGUGGUGCGCAGCCGAGACCCGCGAGCUCACCGCAUGCCCUUCUUGGAGGCCGCGGGCCACAAGCUUGGCGCCAAGAAGGAGGGCGUGGGCGGCCCCGCAGACUACCACGCUCUGGGCGCUAUGGAGGUCAUCUGCAAUAGUAUGGCUAAGACGCUGCAGACAGCCCUGCAGCCCCCUGACUGGCUGCAGGGCCACUACCUGGUGGUGCGGUACGAGGACCUGGUGGGAGACCCCGUCAAGACACUACGGAGAGUGUACGAUUUUGUGGGACUGUUGGUGAGCCCCGAAAUGGAGCAGUUUGCCCUGAACAUGACCAGUGGCUCGGGCUCCUCCUCCAAGCCUUUCGUGGUAUCUGCACGCAAUGCCACGCAGGCCGCCAAUGCCUGGCGGACCGCCCUCACCUUCCAGCAGAUCAAACAGGUGGAGGAGUUUUGCUACCAGCCCAUGGCCGUCCUGGGCUAUGAGCGGGUCAACAGCCCUGAGGAGGUCAAAGACCUCAGCAAGACCCUGCUUCGGAAGCCCCGUCUCUAAAAGGGGUUCCCAGGAGACCUGAUUCCCUGUGGUGAUACCUAUAAAGAGGAUCGUAGUGUGUUUAAAUAGACACAGUCCAGACUCAAACGGAGGAAGCCCACAUAUUCUAUUAUAGAUAUAUAAAUAAUCACACACACACUUGCUGUCAAUGUUUUGAGUCAGUGCAUUUCAAGGAACAGCCACAAAAUACACACCCCUAAGAAAAGGCAAGACUUGAACGUUCUGACCAGGUGCCCCUCUUCUUCUCUCCUUUGCCUUCUCUUGUCCUCUUUCUCCUAUUUCUUACCCUGUCCUCCACCUGCCUUCCAUUUUGAAGUGGGAUGUUAAUGAAAUCAAGUUCCAGUAACCCAAAUCUUGUUUACAAAAUAUUCGUGGUAUCUGUGAACAUGUUAAGAGUAAUUUGGAUGUGGGGGUGGGGGUGGAGAAAGGGGAAGUGGUCCAGAAACAAAAAGCCCCAUUGGGCAUGAUAAGCCGAGGAGGCAUUCUUCAUUCUUCUAAAGUAGACUUUUGUGUAAAAGCAAAGGUUACAUGUGAGUAUUAAUAAAGAAGAUAAUAAAUAAUAUUCUUUUUAA